CCGGCUCAUACCUAGGGCGAGAGGGGCGGUGGCCAGGGGACCAAUUUUUUUAUAAAAAAAACCUUGUAUAUUUUCUGUAUACGCCACUAAGCUAGUUAAAUUCCAGAGACGAGAGGUUGAAGAGCUCAGGGAAGAAGCAAAAAGAAAUGGAUUCGUCUGAGGAGGGUUUGCUCGUGGUGAGCCACAGAGAAGAAGAAGUAAACAAGAAAGAUGUGUUUCUUAAGGAGAUGAAGAGGCUUGCUUACAUCGCUGCUCCUAUGAUUGCAAUCAACUCGUCUAUGUACGUUCUUCUUGUGAUAUCCAUAAUGAUGGUUGGUCAUCUCGGUGAGCUUUAUCUCUCAAGCACCGCCAUUGCCAUUUCUUUCUGUAACGUCACAGGUUUCAGCGUCAUCUUUGGAUUGGCUAGUGCGUUGGAGACUUUAUGUGGUCAAGCUAAUGGAGCUAGGCAAUUUGAGAAGCUUGGAGUACACACUUACACAGGGAUCUUCUCUUUGUACAUCGUGUGUGUUCCUUUGUCUGUGCUAUGGAGUUACAUGGGUGAUAUACUCUCUCUCACUGGACAAGAUCCUCUGGUUGCUAAAGAAGCUGGGAAAUUUGCAACUUGGCUCAUACCUGCCCUCUUUGCUUACGCUACUUUGCAGCCGCUUGUUCGGUUUUUCCAAGCGCAGAGUCUGAUUUUGCCAUUGGUUAUGAGCUCAAUCUCUGCUGUCUGUGUCCACGUUGUCCUCUGCUGGAGCUUGGCCUUUAAGUUUGGGCUUGGGAACCUCGGUGCAGCUAUCGCUAUCGGUGUUGCUUACUGGUUAAACGUGACUGUGCUUGGCUUGUACAUGACGUUUUCCUCCAGCUGUAGCGAGAGCCGUGCACCCAUCUCCAUGAGUGUGUUUAAAGGAAUGGGAGAGUUUUUCCGGUUUGGGAUCCCAUCUGCAUCUAUGAUUUGCCUCGAGUGGUGGUCAUUCGAAUUCCUAGUCUUACUCUCUGGAAUCUUACCAAAUCCGAAGCUAGAAGCCUCUGUCCUGUCUGUCUGUCUAUCAACAACUGUCAUUGUGUACCAAAUAGCAGAGAGUCUCGGCGCAGCAGCAAGUACAAGAGUUGCAAACGAAUUAGGAGCUGGUAAUCCGAAACAAGCUCGAAUAGCUGUGAACACAGUGAUGGUCAUUACAUGUGUAGAAUCAAUGAUGGUGAGCGCAACAGUUUUUGGUACAAGAGACGUAUUUGGUUACCUGUUCAGCUCUGAAACAGAGGUUGUGGCUUAUGUAAGAUCAAUGGCUCCACUGGUUGCUUUAUCAGUCAUAUUCGAUGCCCUUCACGGGGUUCUUUCGGGUGUGGCUAGAGGAUCAGGGAGGCAAGAUAUAGGGGCUUGUGCAAACCUAGCUGCAUACUAUCUCUGUGGCAUACCAACUGCUAUCAUAUUAGCUUUUGGGUUUAAAUUGAGAGGAAGAGGUCUCUGGAUUGGGAUCACUGUUGGUUCUUUUGUUCAAGCUUUUUUGCUCAGUCUUAUUGUUAUCCUCACCAACUGGAAACAAGAGUCGAAAAAGGCCAGAAAAAGACUGAUGUAUGAGGAGUUUGAAGAUGAAGAAAGUGAAAGAACAUGAAGAGAUGAGGAGCUAAAUCAAGAGACGCCAAUUACGGUCGCCGUUAAAUGUUGUGUUGCUCUUUUAAUUCGAAAUCUAGUGUUGUUGUCCCGUUACCGCAAUACUUUUGGAAUUUAGCGUGUCGGAUCUUCUAGUCCUGCUGAUAAAACGUUUAUUUUUUCCUUCAA